AUGUCUCAUCGGGGGAUGUUGAGUCUUUGUCGCGACAACGAUGACCGGGAUGAAUUGAAGAAAUGGAUGUGGGGGCUGAGGAAGUAUGAAGAGAUCGAGCGCAUGGCAGGGAAGUCAGACCUGCAAAUACCUGACUUCAGCAUACCAGAUAAGGCACCGUGGCCUGACGACUGCGACUUGAUGGAACAUGAAGAGGGAUUGUGGCGAAAGUGGGAACCGAGUCGACAGAGGCAGGUGCAGAGAUCGAAGUUCAAGUGGAAGAAGAUCAUGAAGGAACGUGAAAAGCAGAGACAGUCACAUUUCGUACAGCUACGGCUGGCGCACCAGAAAUGCAAGGUGCAAAAGGUGAACAUCUACUGGGGUCGGGGAAUACUCCGAGAGGUGGCACUGGACUCGCCGUGGUGA